UCUUCCUUCCCUAAGUGAAAGCAACACACUACACACUCAGCCAUAAUGCUCACUGCCACGCAGCCUCUAGGCGCAGUGCUCUCCCCGAGCCAUGGCCUUUCUUCCUUCUGCAGCAGCACGGCCUCGCCGGGCCAGUGGGCGCCUCGCCGGGCUGUCUCGUCCAAGGUGAGCCGCACCCGCGUCAGCCUGUCCGAGGCCUCCGUCAAUGGCCAAGCCGCCGUGGGCACGGUGGCCAACGUCGACCAGGAACAGGCCGCCGGCCUCCUCACGCGCCACGACAAGGACGAGCUCGUCAUGCUGAAGGCCACGGUGACGCUGCGCUUGAACGAGGAAUGGUCGACCACCGAGAAGGUCGCCGACAUGGUUGGUCAGCCGUGGCUGUUCCUCGAGUUCUUCAGCUCCGAGCUCAAUCCACAAACUGACAAGGAAAUGAAGACGCAGCAACACGUCGCCUGGUACUCGCGCAUGGACGGCAAUGGUUCCUUCGUAUACGAGGUCAGCGUUCCGUCGUCGUUCGCCGACGUCGGCGCCGUGGUGGUCGAGAACCGCUUCAGCAGCGAGGUGUUCGUCUCGGACAUCGAGCUCCGCCAUGGCCGCGAGCCGAGCGCCGUCACCUUCAACUGCAGCUCCUGGGUCACCUGCCACGCCGGCUUCAACGAGCGGAUCUUCUUCCCUCUCAAGUCGUACCUCCCGUCGCAGACGCCAAAGGGCGUGGCGAGGCUGCGCGAGACGGACCUCAAGGCCAAGCGCGGCGACGGCCGCGGCGAGCGCAUGCUGUGGCAGCGCAUCUACGACUACGACGUGUACAACGACCUCGGCGACCCCGACAAGUCCCCGGCGCUCCGGCGGCCGGUGCUCGGCGGCGAGGAGCACCCCUACCCGCGGCGGUGCCGGACGGGCCGGCCCCGGUGCAAGGCGGACCCGUCGUCGGAGACGCGGGCGUCGGGGGAGAUCUACGUGCCCCGGGACGAGGAGUUCACGGCGCGCAAGGCCGGGGCGUUCCUGACCAAGAAGGUGACGUCGACGCUGUCGGCGUUCACCACCGCGCAGGCGGUGGCCGGCGACCGGCGCCGGAGCUUCCCGUCGCUGGCGGCCAUCGACGCGCUCUACGAGGACGGGUACAAGAACAAGCCGGGGCAGCAGCCGGACAACCUCGAGAGGUACUUCACGGACCUGCUCCAGAGGCAGGUUGAGCUCCUGCUCAAGGGCGAGAAGGAGGAGGUCAAGGAGGACAUACGCAAAGUGUUCAAGUUCCAGACCCCGGAGAUCCACCAGAAGGACAAGCUUGCGUGGUUCAGAGACGAGGAGUUCGCGCGGGAAACCCUUGCAGGAAUGAACCCGCUGAGCAUCCGGCUAGUCACGGAGUUACCUAUUGUGAGCAAGCUCGACGAGCAAACCUACGGCCCAGGGGACUCCCUCAUCACCAAGGAGCUGAUCGAGAAGCAGAUCAACGGUGUCAUGACUGCCGACGAGGCCGUUCAGAAGAAGAAGCUGUUCAUACUGGACUACUACGACAUGUUGCUGCCAUACGUGCACGCGGUGCGGGAGCUCGAGGACACGACGCUCUACGCCUCGCGCACGCUCUUCUUCCUGGAGGAGGAGGGCACGCUCCGCCCCGUCGCCAUCGAGCUGACGCGGCCCAAGUCCCCCAACCUGCCGCAGUGGCGCCAGGUCUUCACGCCGGGGUCCAGCGUCACCGACUCGUGGCUCUGGCAGCUCGCCAAGGCCCAUGUCCUCGCCCAAGACACCGGCUACCAGCAGCUCGUCAGCCACUGGCUGAGAACGCACUGCUGCGUGGAGCCGUACGUGAUCGCGGCGAACCGGCAGCUGAGCCAGAUGCACCCCGUCUACCGGCUCCUCCACCCUCACUUCCGCUUCACCAUGGAGAUCAACGCCCAGGCCCGCGCGUCGCUCAUCAGCGCGGACGGGAUCAUCGAGAGCACCUUCUCGCCGGGGAAGUACUGCAUGCUGCUCAGCUCGGCGGUCUACGACACCUUCUGGCGGUUCGACAAGGAGGCGCUGCCGGCCGACCUCAUCCGGAGGGGCAUGGCGUUCCGAGGGGCCGACGGCGAGCUGGAGCUCACCAUCAAGGACUACCCCUACGCCAACGACGGCCUGCUGGUCUGGGACGCCAUCAAGGAGUGGGUGUCAGCGUACGUGAACCACUACUACGCGACGGCGUCAGACAUCGCCGGCGACGUGGAGCUCCAGGCGUUCUGGACGGAGGUGCGCACGAAGGGCCACGCCGACAAGCGGGACGAGCCGUGGUGGCCGGUGCUGGACGGCCACGAGAGCCUGGUCCAGGUCCUGAGCACCAUCAUCUGGGUCGCGUCGGGGCACCACGCCGCCGUCAACUUCCCCCAGUACCCCUACGCCGGCUACUUCCCCAACCGCCCGACCACCGCCCGCCGGAACGUGCCGACGGAGGCCGGCGGCGAGGACAUGCGGGCGUUCUUGGAGGACCCGGUCAAGGUGCUCCUGGACACGUACCCGUCGCAGUACCAGACCACGCUGGCCCUGCCCGUGCUCAACCUCCUGUCGUCGCACUCGGCCGGGGAGGAGUACCUCGGCGUGCAGUCGGAGCCGGCGUGGAUGGCGGAUGCGGAGAUGAGGGCGGCGUUCGUGAAGUUUAACAAGAGGAUGAUGGAGAUCGCGGAGACGAUCGAUAGUAGGAACAAGGACCCCGAGCUGAGGAACCGGAAGGGCCCGGGCGUGGUUCCGUACGUGCAGCUCAAGCCCAACUACGGCGACUUCAAGGACAUGACGUCGGUGAUGGAGAUGGGCAUCCCGACCAGCAUCUCCAUUUGAGCUGAUCCAAUGAUGAAGAGCCGUGUGUCUAGUUAAUAAUUUCGGACUGAUUCUUCUCUCGAGAAGGUUGAAGCUGGAACUACAUGUAAUAAUUUCGGACUGAUUCUUCUCUCUCAGUGUAGCAGUAUGCUACUACAUGUAAUAAUUUCGGACUGAUUCUUCCCUUGAGAAGGUUGAAGCCGGGACUUUAUCCAUUAUCUUAAAAAAGUUUCCAGUAAAAGCUGGAGUACCUGAUGCUCCCCA